UUGUGACUAAGAUGGGUGAGCCCAUCCAGGUGUGCCACAUUUACCCGUUUGCGCUUGGAAGUAAGCUUGAAAGCGCACGCGAAAGCUUUUGGACCCUUCUGGAGAGCUUCUGACCCCGCAAGACAAUUGACAAGUGGAAAGAGAGCAUCAUGGGUCCCGAGGGCACAGAGGUACCGCAAAACCUACUGUGCCUCUCGACCAUUGUGCAUGACCUCUGGGGCUUGGCACGCCUUGCCUUUGAACCUGUUGAAACGUCUGACGACAAGACAUCCCUGACAAUGCGGUUCUGGUGGCUCCCUCUUCGAACUUUCUCCAUACAGGCCUACCCUAUACAAUACGUAUUCCUUCUACUUGCCAUCAGUACUCAGGAAGAAAUGCCGUAUGUGCUUUGACUACUGCCGGUAUGCUUGGAAAUGCACAUGACUUGUCAGAGGUAAUAG